UCAUAAACAGUAGAUCCAUGACGGCGGCUGUCACCAGCCGUGAGCGAAUACUUCCACAAGCAGCAAUUGUUUUGUUGCAUACAGUUGCAGCGAAGCAAAUUGAACUCAGAAUUCUCCGCAAUUACUGGACAAAAAGGGAAAGCGUCAUGGAAUCAAAUUCUCGGAAAAGAGUGCUUCCUUCCCAACGCGACAAAAAAACGGGCCACAUUUACAAGCUAUGUAAAAAACUGGAACAGCAUAUUGACCAGGAAUUCGAGGAAGAAACCACAACAGCAACACUUAAACUGGAAUGUGUUUCAGACGAUGAACAGGACGCAUUGGCAACGGGCGAUGGCUUCAACGAGUUAAAUAUGGCCUGCUCGGACAGUGAAGAUUCUCAUGAAGAUUUCGGAUCGAAUGGUUGCGAAUCGGUACUUCAGUCACAUCACCUCACCCAGGAGCACCGAAAAACGAUCACGAGGAACGGUGAAUGCGUACCGCACGAUGCCACUAACGCAACCAUCCUGAGUACGUUGAUAAAGGUAUCGGAGCAAAUCAAGAAUUUGCAAGACAGCACCGGCAGCAUCCGCAAGGAGGUGGCAGACAUUUCGGUCCGGUUGGGGCGGGUCGAGAAAAAGGUGGGCCUUUCGCUGGCCACCAUGGAGCAAAUGAAAGAUGUGGUAAUUAGCAGCAGUGCGAGGCUCGCUGAAUGCGACCCGGCAACAAGGGCUUUCAAUUUUAAAGCAGUAAGUAACGAAGCGGAACUGAUGGAGCUCGAUGCCCAGCUGGGCACGGAUGAGGAAUUUUAUACCAACGUGAAAAAGUGGCUUGCUGUACAAAUAGACGUCGAAGACCCGGACAAUCGGCUCCACCUAGCGAUGGAUUUGGUAUUCGAACGCACGUUUCUACCGCUCUGCAGCUGGAAAGGUAAUGGUAAACCGGGUCCGAAAAUUCCACUUGGUGCCCGAACCAACAUUAUGAAGCUGUUUGGCGAUCUGGGUAGCACUAAGUUUAUUACCGUCAAUCAACUUUUCGUUCAAAAGUUUUUCUUGAAAAAAUUGCCCCACGCUAAGAAUAGGGUGAACAACGCGGGUCUGCGAAAAACGCUAUGCCACAAGCGAACAUUGAAAAAGAUUUGAGUUUUGUUUUUGGUUUUGCGGAAUGUAUGUGAUCAAUAAAAUUUACUAGACACACCAA